AUGAAAUUAUUGCAUUCAAUCAAGGCCCACGAUGAUAAGGUAUGGAGUUUAAGUUCUCAUCCUACGCUCCCGUUGCUUGCCACUGCUUCAACUGAUAAGUGUAGCAAUAUCUAUCGUCUAUCAUGUUCAAAUGCAUCUUCAUCCUCAUCUUCAUCAUCACCAUCAUCACCACCAUCACCACCAUCGUCGUCGUCGCCUCGCCGCAACUUCCCGCAGAUUGCUCAUUUGGAAGACACACAUCGUCGAUCCGUGCGUUCUGUUUCUUUUAAACCGCCCAUGGGCGGUGUAGACCACCAAGAUUCCAAUAUCUUAGAUCUUCCUGCAUUGGCCAGUGGCUCUUUUGACUCGACGAUUUCUAUUUGGGGCAUUGAUGAGCCUGAUGAUGAUAAUACAUAUGAGAUUGAAGAAAUCAUUGCAAACCAAAAGGAGUUUUUGGCAUCACCCGGAAACGAAUGGAAUCUUAUGGCCGUCAUUGAGGGCCAUGAGAAUGAAAUCAAAGCAGUUGACUGGAAUUUCAGUGGUAGAUACCUUGCCUCAUGCUCUAGAGACAAGACUGUAUGGAUAUGGGAGACUGAUCCCGAGACUUUGGAAGAGUUUGAAUGUGUUGCAGUUUUAACUGAUCAUACGCAGGAUGUGAAACAUGUUACAUGGCACCCAACAAGAAACCUUUUAGCAAGUUCCAGUUAUGACGAUACUAUACGAGUCUACAAGCAAGAGUUUGAUGACGAUGAGUGGAGUUGUGUUGGCAUGAUUGAUGGGCAUGAGGGCACUGUAUGGUGCUCAAAAUUUGAGAGUCCCAAAAGUCCCAAGGCAAAAGAUGGUACGACACGGUUAGUUUCCGUCAGCGAUGAUUUGUCAGCAAGAGUUUGGGCGUCAAAAGAUAACACUGGGUUUAAUGGCGGCAGUGAACAACUCCAAUCCCAAUCACAAACACAUUUACCCAGUUCGAUAAGACACAAUACCGAGGAAAUGGUUUGGGAACAAGAAUCAACUUUACCUCAAAUUCAUACUCAUGCAAUUUACUCUGUGGCUUGGUCGUCGUCAAGUGGGAAGAUUGCUACUGCUGGUUCCGAUGGUCGAAUAGUAGUAUACAAGGAAACUAAUGCCGGAUGGGAAGUAGAGAACAUUCAGGAGUCAGCUCAUGGGGUUUAUGAAAUAAACUGCGUUAUAUGGGCGAAACUUGAUCUGGAUCAAGAGGUGCUUAUUUCGGGAGGCGAUGAUGGUAAUGUCAACAUUUGGGAAGUAUAA